UUGAGUGUUUGUGCACAAGAAAACUUUCAAGAACAAGAAUAAGAACAACUGAUCAAGAAGUCAGAUUACACACUCUUUCACGGACGACCACCCAGGUCGUCAUCUCACCUGGGAUUCAUCUCAGCGCGCCCAGCCCAGCCAGGAUCAUCACUUUCUCUUUGGGAUGGCUCCUCGCAGAUCCUCCGCUGCUGCAGCGGUCAGCACAGCGGCCACCAGUGCCAGCGACACGCCCGUGAAACGUGGUCGCGGUCGUCCACCUAAGAGCGGCGUGUCCAACGCCGUAUCCAGCGCACCUGCUACCGACGCCGGCGACAUGCCCGUGAAACGCGGUCGUGGUCGUCCACCCAAGAGCGGCGUGUCCAACGCUGGCGUCUCCAAGGCCACAAAGCCUGUUUCAGCUCGUCCGCGCACACGGCCACAGCGCGUUCAACCCGCCAGGCAAGCAGCAACCACUGCUCCUUCGACGGCGACAACAACGACCAAGCCGACACCUGCCACCACGGGUCGUGGUAGAAAGACCAAGGAGGCGACACUCGCUGCUGCUGCAGAUGCCGCUGCUCCAAAGCGGCGUGGUCGUCCUCCUGGCUCAAAGAACAAAUCCACGACUGCUACUGCGACAACGACCACGGCCCCAAAGCGCGUGGGCAGACCGCCCGGUUCCAAGAACAAACCCCAGUCCGCACCCCUCAAGCGCUUAGGCAGACCUCCAGGAGCGAAGAACAAGCCCAAGCCCGUCGGUACUGCCACCCCAGCGAAGGCUGACGACAGCACUGCAGCUACACCGAAGCGCGUUGGCAGGCCCCCCGGAUCCGGUAACAAGGCCAAGACUCCUGCCACGGCCGAGAACGCCACCCCCAAGCGACGUGGUAGGCCACCGGGAUCCGCAAACAAGGUCAAGGCUGCCAUUACCCAAAGCACAGUCAAGUCUGCUACUCCCAGUGGUCGUGGACGUGGCAGACCUCGCAAGAGCGAUGCUGCCUCAGCCAAGAAGGCCGCCAAAGAGGAGGCCACCGAGGUGAACGAAGAUAUCCCGGCUUCUGGAACGCUUGAGGCGGAAGAGCCAAAUCCAGACGACGACGACGACGACGCGGCGGCGGCGGCGGCUGCGGCUGUAGCUGCGGCUGCAGCGGCAGGUGCUGAAGAUGACGUCAAGGACGAGGCAGAACCCACCCAAGCUACCGAGCAGGAUGCUGAUGAUGCUGACGAUGCUGCGGCGACUGCCCCAGAUGGCGAGAACAAGGAUAGUGAGAAUCCCGAGGUCAGUCGUCAUUCCACCGCCACGCUGUGCCAUGCUGGUAGUCAAGAGAUUAUUGUCUAAUGUCUUGUCCAUUUCAUUCUGAAGUGAUUCUUGACCUUCAAGUUCCUUACGCGGGGAUUCCAGCGAACGGCCAAUCCGCGCAACAGUCUGAACUGCCAUCUGAGAACAGCAUAGAGGCCAUUCUGUAUCCGCAUGUCGUGGUAUGGCUUAACCCGGUUUUUCGAGCACACUUAGUUGCGGUCACCAUUACGGUCACAAGCUUUUGCAGCUUGAGCCUUUG